CGGCCAUGUUGAGUUGACAAUCGAAAAUUUUCUUUUGCUUGCAGUGAUUCUUCAAAACUUGUUUUUCGUACAAUGUCGUAUCAUCCGCCUCCACCACAACCAUUGGGUGCUCCUCCAGCGGGAAUGCAUCUUCCACCAGGAAUACCACCCCCUGGAAGUCUACCGCCGGGGCUGCCCCCUCCGCCACCGUUCCCUGGCCCUCCUGGUUUUCCGCCGCCACCAAUGCCUCCUCCGGGUGCAACAGCAACAGUCCCACCAGCAAUACCAACCAAACCUCCUAUUGCUGUCCCAGGAGUUCCUCCUCUAGGAGUUCCCCCAGGGUUACCACUUCUUCCCACUCCAACAGCUCCUUCAGGACGACCACCUCACAAACAUGAAAACAAACAGAAUAACAAUAACCAGAAUCAAAACCAAGCAAAUUCAACCUCGACAACAACAGUGUUUGUAGGUAACAUAACUGAAAGAGCUUCUGAUGCACUUAUUAGACAAAUUUUAACGAAAUGUGGUGUUGUAGUAAACUGGAAACGGGUGCAAGGAGCCAAAGGAAAAUUACAAGCAUUUGGAUUUUGUGACUAUGGAGAUCCAGAAUCAAGUCUACGAUCCAUUAGGUUACUUCACAAUAAAGUAUUGGGAGACAAGGCAUUAGUUGUGAAAGUGGAUGCCAAAACCAAGACUUACCUUGAUGAAUACAAAGCUGAGAAGAAGAAAGAAAUAAAAAAGAAUGCCGAGGAAAAGAAAAAAGAGGAUGGAGAGGCUGAUGAUGAUGAAGAUGAUGACAACGAUGAUCUUGAUAGUGAAACCUUGGUAGAAGACACUAGAGUCAAGAAGGCCAUUGAGCAAAUCAUUUUAGAGCAUUCUGAUAUUUUAAACAGGAAAAUAGAAAAUGAACCUUACAGAGCUACACACAGUGGAUCAGAGCAAAAUUUGGAAGGGUUGGAUAUGGACAAUGAAAAAAAGAGCUUAGUAUCACGAGAGAUUAGAAGUUUCAGAGAUACUUACAGAAAAGAGGACAAGAAAAAAGAAGAAGAGAAAUCGGAGAGGAAAGACAAAGACAGGGACAGAGAUAAAGAACGAGAAAGGGACCGAGAUAAAGACAGGGACAGGGAGCGCGACCGGGACCGGGACCGAGACAAGGAGAGAGAACGAGAACGUGAGAGAGAAAGGGAAAGAAAACGUGAACGUGAAGAAAGGGAACGUCGAGAAAAAGACCGUGAUCGUGACGAUCGUGACCGUGAUCGUGAUAGAGAUCGUGACCGCGAGAAGGCGCGUGAAAAAGAGCGGGAAUCUGAACGUGACCGAGAAAAGGAACGUGAGUACGACGAAGAUGAAGAGCUGGAUAGACGACAGCGAGAGAGAAGACAACGGGAGAAAGACGCCUCUUAUCAGAAGCGGUUGAAAACAUGGGAAAAUAGAGAGCGAAAAAGAGCGCGGGAAUAUGAACGAGAAAUGGAAAAAGAAGGCGAGAAGAAAGAUGAACAGGCACGCGAGAGGAAGCAUUUACUGGAAUUUCUUGAGGAUUACGAUGACGAUAAGGACGAUCCAAAAUACUACAAGGGAAGCGCACUACAGAGGCGGCGACGCGAAAGAGAAAUGGAAUUAGAAACGGACGAGCGAGAUCGCCAACGAGAAAUGGAGGAAAUAGAAGAGAUUAGAAAACAAAUUGUCGAUAAUCGGCCCGAAGACAUGGAUGAACAGGACGGUAAGGACAGUGAGAGGGAGGAAGAAGUUAAACCCGCUUUACAACCGACUUUCAAACCAGCUGUGAUACCACAACCUCAGCCAUUUGUUCCUCAGGUGGAACCUGCCCCUGUAUCAAACUGGUCACCAAGCCCUAGAUCAGCCGACUCGAUGUCACCAUUCACUAUCGGCAAAAACAGAGGGCGAGAGAAUGGAUUAAUGUUGUUUAUGGUCAAGCGAAUAAUUUACGCAAGUGAUUUGGAGCCUAUUUUUAGGCCUUCGAACCAGGCGAGUCGUAAAAAGCUGGAGUCAGUGUUUGGUGGAGGUGAUGAUGACGACGGAACAGGAGCGGCUCCUAAGCGGAAACUGGUCAAACUGGAUGAGGACGACAUGGCCAAGGAUGACAGUAACGAGGCAGAAGAUAAGAAACGGAUUAUUAAGUCGCUUAUUGAACGUAUUCCUACUGCUAAAGAUGAACUGUUUGCUUAUAGCUUGGACUGGACUAUGAUUGACCAGGGUCUUGUAGAUCGUAGGAUACGUCCUUGGGUUAAUAAGAAAAUCAUAGAGUACAUUGGCGAAGAGGAGCUGACUUUAACAGAUUUCAUUUGUAGUAAGGUCAUAGCUAGAAGUUCGCCGAAACACAUUCUUGAGGACGUCUCUAUGGUCUUAGAUGAGGAAGCGGAGGUCUUUGUGGUAAAGAUGUGGCGCCUUCUUAUCUACGAAACAGAGGCCAAGAAGCUGGGACUCCAGGCUCUUUAAAGAUUAAGGUUGAAUUUCCCAGACAGCUCAUUUCCACAAGGCAAAAACACUUGAAAACUCUUAACCCUGCGACUCUCUGACGUGUUUAUUGUUAGAUUCUCCUGACUGACAGAUGGACUUAAUCUUCACUUAAAACCAAAUAUUCGAGAAUUAGCAUUGAGAUGAAGGGUUUCUUUCGUUAGUUCUCUUAUUUGUGUCCUCGACUCGAGUUUGUGAACUUUUGAUAGGUUACAGUUUAAUUGGUAGUCACGAAAUUCCCUGAAAUAACUUGAACAACGCAACAGAAACAUACGCUACUACCCAGUGAUCUUAAAAUUUGUUAGAUUAUCUGGGUUUCAUUAUAUUAUUAACCUCAGGAAACGUACUGCAACCUUCUUUGGCGAUGUCCGUUCAACCUCGUUUCCAUGGUCUUAGCCUCACAAACGUUUGGAGGAAUCUGGAAACGGGGUUGCACUGGUAGCCUGUCUCCCAGAAGUGAUAAACAUGUUAAUUUACUUGAUGCUAUAAACACAUUCUCGAGCAAACGAGUGAUGAGUAGAUGAUAAGCAGCUCAAUUAGGAAAAGAUUAUCAAGAAUACCGCAUAGAAGGCUACAUGUACACAAUCAAGAAAUCAAACGAGAGUCGAGUGUUCACGGAAAGAUAUUUGCAAGACUAGAAAUCCUUAACUAUCUUAAUGUCCAUCUUACUUUUAUGUCAAAUGCAAGUAUUUUUGCUCGGUUGUUUAAAUAAACGAGCUGACCUAAGCAUUCCUGUGUA